AUGGCGGCGGCGGGGUCGUUCGCUUUCUCCCCGGCUCGUCGCCUGCUCCUCUCGCUCGUCCUGCUCUUCGUCUCCGGCGCGCUUCGACCGGCCGAAUCGGAACAGCAGCAGCAGCGGACCGCCACCACCGCCGUUCGCGGCGUCCCGGGCGGCGACGCGAUCGUUUCAGCCAUCGGCUUUCCGCUCGUCCGCUCCGUCGCCAUUGAUGGCUUCUCCGCAUCUGACGGCUUCUCUGCAUCUGACGGCGCCUCGCACGGCACCUCCCAUGCCAUCGCCACCACAACCGCCAUCACCCCGGCCGCGGGCGCGACGAACAAGUACCACGGCGGGCCGGUGGUGGUGGGCAAUCCAACGAUCAAUAUUUACCACAUCUACCAUGGCAGCUGGGGGGCGGGGUCGGGAAGGGAGAUCAUUGACGCAUUCGUGCAGUCGCUGAGCAAGGACUCGGGCAGUAAGGGCGGCGCGGGGGACGCGAGUGUGAAGGGGUGGUGGUGGGCCAUCACGGCCGCGUACUACCAGUCUGGCGCCGAUGGGAAGAAGAAUGUUAGCUCCAAGGUUCGUCUCGCUGGGACUGUGAUCGACAACUAUUCACGCGGCAAGAACCCGUCAAAAACGACUACCUGCACGCUCGCUGUCUCACCCUCCUCUCCGCCCUCCCCUCCCCGGGCCUCCGCCUGCCUCUCCGCCGCCCGUGCAAUUGUGAACAGCUUUGUGGGGCCUGGCAAGCCCUUCUCGCUGGAUCCUCACAGCAUCUACGUUCUACUUACGAGCGCCGACGUUAAGUUUGGGGACUUCUAUAAGAAGUACUGCGCCUGGCACACCUAG